UAUUUUGUAAUUUUCAGAGAAGUCCACAUUGAGGUAGAUGUACAUCAGUUUACACAAUACAAAACCUUUAGGUAUGUGUUACUCUAAAAAGAAAGAUGUCUGCAUUUGUGAUUUCAAAACUGCAAUGAAGAGCCAUUAAAUCAAAAUAUUUGACCAACCCUUGUUUGGCUGCGUCAACACCACCGAUGGAACCAAAGUGGUCUCGGGAGGGCUCUGCUGACAGCGACGAAGAAUGGGGUUUGAGGCGAUCCCAGAGAGGGAGGGACUCCACUCCCAUAGACAGUCACGGAUCCGAGGGCGUCCUUGAGCCGGUUGUUAAAGAGGAGAUAAAGAUUGAAGUCCCUUCACCAGGGAUUGAGCGGCCGUCGUCUCCCUGGGUGUCGGACGACGACCCUUUGUCGGACAAAGCUCUGCAGUCUCUGGCGAGGGAGCAGAAGCUGCGGAGUCGGUCGCCGUCACCGUCUGAAGACUUCAUCGGGUUCACGGAGUUGGACCGGGACAAUGCCUGGUUCAUCUCCAAUGUAAAAAAGAAUCUGUUACCGGACUGUUCGCCGGACAAUCAAGACUCUACAGAAGUGUUCGCUGAAGGGAUGUUCAUCAAGAGUCAACGUCUCGUCAUAAACUACCGGGACGUGGAUGGUCUCGAUGAUGGUAACAUAUUUUGUGACGUGUGCUGCCGUGAUUGGGACGGUGAAUGUCGUGUCCAUGGGCCGCUGAAGGUCAUACCCGAUACCAAGGCACGACCCGGUAUCGGAGAUGCCGAAAGGGACCUCAAGACGCUGCCGCCUUCUCUCAGCUCUGGUCAGUCGAGCAACCCGGCAUCUGGCACUGGAGUAUUUGCGGAGGAUGAGCUGCCGGUGCGCCAAAGACUCGGUCCUUACGAUGGCAUCUUGACCACGGAGCAGGGUCAGGCCCGAACCACUGGGUACAGCUGGCAGAUCAAGAAGGGUCAACGCGUGCAUCACUCUGUGAAUGCCGAGGACCCGAGCUGCAGCAACUGGCUCAGAAGGGUCAACUGUGCCCGCUCGGAGGAAGAACAAAACCUGGUGGCCUUCCAGUACCGGGGUCAGAUAUACUUCAGGACGUCAAAGCCCGUUCAGAGGGGCUCAGAGCUGCUGGUUUACUACGGAGACGACGCGGCCCGGGAGCUGACCGUCCACUCGGAGACGUCUGGGGAGUCUGUGACUUCCUCUCCGGCCGGACCGUCAUCCUCAGGUAUCGGAGGCGCCCUUCACUGUCCCCACUGCAACUUGAGAUGUAUGGGACAACAAGGCUUGGACAGACAGGCGAAGAGAUGUGUCGAUCACGUCGGCAGAAACGGCAGCUUCAAGUGCGAGUGGUGUCAGUACUCGACCAACAAAGUCGCCAAUACUAAACACCACCGUAGAAAUCAUGCUGGACAGCGGCCGUACGGCUGCUCCAUCUGCCAGGCACGGUUUGCUGAACGGUCAAACCUCGCCAGACACAUGCGGACCCACACGGUGGAGCGGUCGUACGGCUGCUCCAUCUGCCAGGCUCGAUUUGCUCGACCGUCAGCCCUCAUCACACACAUGCGGACCCACACGGGGGAGCGGCCGUAUGGCUGUUCCAUCUGUCAGGCGCGGUUCACUGUUCGGUCAAACCUCACUAAACACAUGCGAACCCACACGGGGGUGCGGCCUUAUGGCUGCUCACACUGCCAAGCCCGAUUCACUGUUCGGACAAGCCUCGCUAUACACAUGCGGACCCACACUGGGGAGCGGCCAUACGGCUGUUCCAUCUGCAUGGCACGGUUCGCUGAGCGGGGAAAACUCACCAGACACAUGCGGACCCACACGGGGGAGCGGCCGUAUGGCUGUUCCAUCUGCCAGGCACGGUUCACUCGACGUACACACCUCACCAAACACCUGCGGAGCCAUAAGGUGGAGCGGCGCAGCAAUUUUCAAUAACAGAUCAUCUUUAACCCGCGCAGUGCGCACCGACGGGGGGCGGUUAUCCAAAGUCAAAGUCAAAGUCAAAGUCAAAGUAAUUUAUUAAAGACACGUCCACGAUGUGGUUAUUAUAGUGUCCAGUCAAUGGAACAUAAUACAGCAUUAAAAUUGACACCCACCGCUCAGGUACACAUAUAUGCAUUUUAUCAUGACACGUAAGCUGCGAAUAGCUGAGGAUGAAUGCGAUGAAGGGUAAAAAGUUGAGUUUAGAGUGCUGCGCAAAUAAAGUUAACAGCGUGGAAAUAUAUAAAAGUGAUUCACUGACGAGGGGCACGCGACAAAGGUCUGGUAAAGGCAGCGCGGCUAGGCGCUUGUCUUGUCUGUGAAUCCAAUUUGUUCCAUGCACUGGCAGCCCGGUAACAAAAACUGUGCUGAGACCGAGCGAGGCGUCGCUUUGGCAGCUCUAGAAGUCCCGCCGUUACCGCUCGCGUCAUCCGCUCGGACACACUCCCUCGAGGGACAAACAUUGCACGGAGCGACUCGGGACAGACCGUGGAGUUAAGCGCUCUGUACACGUGCAUACAGUCAUGAUCCCUCACCCAGUCGUGCACUCUGCCCCAUCCUAGUGAUUCAAGGGCUGGUGCGAUGUGCUCGUGGCGUCGUACACCAGUGACCAAUCUCGCUGCGAAAUUUAUACAUUUCUGGAUACGGUGCAUGUGGACCUUGGCAGCUCCUCCCCAAACGGAUAGGCAGUAUUGGAUGUGGGGAAAUAUGUGAUGCUGGACGAGGAGUUUCAGGAUGUCUCUGGAAAGAAAGUGACGGAUUUUGUGUAGGGAUGCUGUGAUGUGAUUGCAUCUCUGCACAACCAUGGAAAUGUGGGAUUCCCAUGAGAGGCACUGGUCGAGAACAACGCCCAGAACUGUAACGGUCGGACUGGGGGUGAUUUUUGAGCCAGAGAAGUCGAUAUGGAAGUUGGCUGUCUUUUUUAUGGAAUCUCUGGUACCAAGCAAGAUGAAGUGAGUUUUGUCAGCAUUCAUUUUGAAACUGUUCGCAGAGAACCAAUUUUUAAGCUCGUUCAGGGAAACCUCGACCCGUGCCUUCAGAGCAGAUAAUCCGGUUAUCCGCCCCCCCCCCC